AUUUGACAUCAUUCUUAUUUUUCAGGGGAUUAAAACCAGCCUGGAUUAGAUAUUUUUUUUCCUGAUGAUGCUAACAUUUAAAACUGUUACGUGUAUAUUUUUAUUUAAAACAUAGCAGGAACAUGGAAUGAUAGAGUGGCCUUAGGAUCUUCUGUGAUCAGAUGGUUCUUUAACUUUGCUCAGAAUCAAUUUAUCUUUAAGAUACUUGGCGAGGUUUUAUGGCAGCUGCCAAGAGCCUCCAGAAAAGGUGAAAGAGCUCAGAGAAGAGCUGUAGCAUAUUUCAGAAAGUUUUGCAAAGCGAAAUGGAACUCUGAUCCACAGAAACAAUUGCGUUGUUUGGUGAUUUGGGGUUUUUUUUUUUGCAGCAUGAGUGAAUUUUCAAAGAGGAAAUCUGAAGAGGAAUGUCCAUUACUAAAUGCAAUUAGGGGGGAAAGAAACAACAACAACAACAUAUUGCAAUUCUUGUAAAAAGCUUUGCUAAACCCCUGGGAGUAGUAGCUACUGAUGUUUCUGCUUCCAGAAUUGUUCUUGAUGAUUUUAUUACUGUAUUCCCUGUUCUUCUAGUGAACUUCCCUUGAUUCGAAAAAUCAUCAGCACAUAGAACAAUUUUGCAGACAAAUGAAGUGGAGAAGCAAACUGUGAGGUCUUUUUGGUCCGGGCACCUAGGAGAAGGAAUCUGUGGCACCAAAUUCCUAUAGAUCAGAGGGUGCUUACUGAGACUGGAAUAUUUUGCAGAAGACAGGAUUUUUUGCAAUAUUUACUGCCUGCUUGUCAUGUCUUCCAUUCUUGGGAAGAUGAAGAAGUUUGGCAGUUCUGACGUGGAAGAAUCUGAAGUGGCAGAUGAACACACGGAUGGGGAGGACUCCCUGCUGGAAACGCCUGACAGCCUCCAGGGUACCCCCAACACCAAGGUGCAGCCACCCAAAAGCAACAUCUUUGCAAGACGUGGGCGGUUUGUGAUGGGGGAUAGUGACAAGGAUAUGGCACCCAUGGACUCCCUUUACCAGAUGGAUCAGCUGAUGGCACCUUCUGUCGUCAAAUUCCAUGUCAAUUUGGAGAGGGGGAAACUUCACAAGCUCCUAUCUACUGAUUCCAUCACAGGCUGCUCAGAAAAAGCUUUCAAAUUCUAUGAUCGCAGAAGGAUUUUUGAUGCUGUAGCCCAAGGCAACACAAGUGACCUGGAUGAUCUGCUAAUCUAUCUUAAUAGGACCUUGAAGCAUCUCACAGAUGAUGAAUUCAAAGAACCAGAAACUGGGAAAACAUGCUUAUUGAAAGCCAUGUUGAAUCUGCAUGAUGGCAAAAAUGACACCAUUCCACUGCUACUGGAAAUUGCAAAGAAAACUGGAACUCUGAAAGAGUUUGUUAACGCUGAGUAUACUGACAACUACUACAAGGGCCAGACUGCACUUCACAUUGCUAUUGAACGAAGGAACAUGUACCUGGUGAAGCUCUUGGUCCAGAAUGGAGCAGAUGUUCAUGCAAGAGCCUGUGGGGAGUUUUUCAGGAAAAUCAAAGGGAAACCUGGCUUUUAUUUCGGGGAGCUGCCUCUGUCCCUGGCUGCCUGCACCAACCAGCUCUGCAUUGUGAAAUUCCUCCUUGAGAACCCCUACCAGGCAGCCAGCAUCACUGCUGAGGACUCCAUGGGCAAUACAGUCCUGCACACGCUGGUGGAGAUCGCGGAUAACACUAAGGAUAACACCAAGUUUGUUACCAAGAUGUACAAUAACAUACUGAUCUUUGGUGCCAAAAUUAACCCGAUCUUGAAGCUAGAAGAACUCACCAACAAGAAAGGGCUGACACCGUUAACUCUGGCAGCCAAAACAGGAAAGAUAGGGAUUUUCGCUUACAUCCUCAGACGAGAGAUCAAAGAUCCUGAGUGCAGACACUUGUCUAGAAAGUUCACUGAAUGGGCCUACGGACCUGUCCACUCAUCUCUUUAUGACCUGUCUUGUAUAGACACAUGUGAGAAAAAUUCAGUGCUUGAGAUCAUUGCCUACAGCAGUGAAACACCAAACCGGCAUGAGAUGCUGCUGGUGGAACCCCUCAACAGGCUGCUGCAAGACAAGUGGGACCGGUUUGUCAAACAUUUAUUUUACUUCAACUUCUUUGUCUAUGCCAUACACAUCAUCAUCCUCACUACAGCUGCCUACUACAGACCUGUGCAGAAGGAGGGAAAGCCUCCCUUCAGAUUUGGUCACAGCACUGGGGAAUAUUUUCGAGUGACUGGAGAGAUCCUGAGUGUACUGGGAGGUCUCUAUUUUUUUUUCAGAGGGAUACAGUAUUUCGUGCAGAGGCGCCCAUCAUUCAAGACGCUGAUAGUUGACAGCUACAGUGAGGUUCUUUUCUUUGUUCACUCCCUGCUCCUCCUGAGCUCUGUGGUGCUGUACUUCUGUGGCCAGGAACUCUACGUGGCCUCCGUGGUCUUCUCCUUGGCUCUGGGCUGGGCUAACAUGCUGUACUACACCCGUGGCUUCCAGCAGAUGGGCAUUUACUCUGUCAUGAUUGCAAAGAUGAUCCUCAGAGAUUUAUGUCGCUUCAUGUUUGUCUACCUAGUAUUCCUCUUGGGAUUUUCCACAGCUGUGGUGACUUUAAUUGAAGAUGACAAUGAGGGACAAGAUACCAAUAGCUCUGACUCUACCCGGUGUUGCCAUCUGAAACGAGGCCGCACAUCCUAUAAUAGUCUGUAUUAUACCUGCUUGGAGCUUUUCAAGUUCACUAUUGGGAUGGGGGACCUGGAGUUCACUGAGAACUACAGGUUCAAGUCUGUGUUUGUCAUCCUUUUGGUUCUCUAUGUCAUCCUUACAUACAUCCUCCUGCUCAACAUGCUCAUUGCACUGAUGGGGGAAACUGUGAGCAAAAUUGCACAGGAGAGCAAGAGCAUCUGGAAACUCCAGAGAGCCAUUACAAUCUUGGAUAUUGAAAACAGCUACUUGAACUGUUUGAGGCGCUCGUUCCGAUCUGGGAAGCGAGUUUUGGUGGGGAUCACGCCUGAUGGCCAAGAUGAUUACAGAUGGUGCUUUAGAGUUGAUGAAGUGAACUGGUCAACGUGGAAUACUAAUCUGGGCAUAAUCAACGAAGACCCUGGGUGCUCUGGGGACCUCAAAAGAAAUCCCAGCUGCUCUAUUAAGGCUGGUCGAGUUUCAGGGAAAAACUGGAAAACAUUGGUUCCGCUUUUAAGGGAUGGAAGCAGGAGAGAAGAGACACAAAAAUUACCAGAAGAAGUCAAAUUAAAACCCAUUUUGGAACCUUAUUAUGAGCCAGAAGACUCUGAGGCAUUGAAGGAGUCACUUCCAAAGUCAGUGUAAUUGUAUUUUGUUUUUAGAAGAUUAUUCUAGUUGCCUGUGUUGGUACUUACAAGCACAGAAUUAGAGCACCUCAUUCAUAAGAACAGGCAUUUAUGGAAAAAGGUCAAAGGACUUAGGAGAUUACUGUGUGGAAGGAUUCAUUAAGUAUGCUAAAUAAACU